AACCAUGGCCAAGGACCCGGCGAAAGCGGCGCAGGAUGCGGGGUUUGAUCGAGAAGACUUGGAGUGGAUUUCGUCCCUUAGACAUGAUAUUAAUGAACAUCAGGAGACUGCCUCAGAGAAGUUUGUUAGGAAGUUGAAAGCCAACCCACUUGUGCCCGUCGGGUGCUUGCUGACGGCUUCGGCGCUCAGUUUCGGCCUGUGGAGCUUCCAGGCGGGCCGGCGGCAGACUUCACAGCGCAUGAUGCGUCUGCGCGUGGUGGCGCAGGGCUUCACAGUGGUCGCCCUGCUCGGCGGCAUGGCCGCGAACGCGCUCCAAGCGCGCAAAGAGGAGAAAAAGUAGCGCCCGCGGCCGGCCCGUCGGGGCCGACCUGCGCCGCCGCUCGCUCGCGGCUGCGCGUGAGUACUCGCAGCUGCACGGCGAGACCAUUGGCAGGGAGGCUGGCGUCCGAGAGUGGUUUGUAAAUAGCCGAUGCAGCCGGCGAAUGACUGGAGUGGUGGAGCAACUGUGAUGUGUAUUUGUGCGUGCUCUGUCGGCCUACGUUAGGCGUCCGAUGAUAAUACAUGGUGCGCAACUCGUGA